AUGGCGGCAUCACCAACACCGGCGAAGCCGACGAUGGGAGACAAGGUGGUGAUUUUCCCGUUGGAGAAUGCGGACCAGGUCUCUGUGGUUGCGGUGUCCAUUGCCUUCAUCAUCAUACCGACGGUGAUGGUGAUCCUUCGCCUCAUCGCCAGGCGCAUGGCGCACAGAGACAUGGAUGCAAGUGAUUGGUGUAUCAUUGCGGCAUGUGUCUUCUCCAAUGCCCUGCAAGCCGUCUCUAUAGUCGGUGUGAUACAAUGCGGUGUCGGCGUACAUAAUGCUGCCAUCAUACCCAAGUAUGGGGUCGGUCCAAUCAUCAAGUUCCUCAAGGUCCUCGUCGCUCAGCAAAUCCUUUGGGCCAUCAGUCUCAGCCUCUGCAAGAUAUCCAUUCUCCUACUCUAUUCAAAGAUCUUCAGCACCAAAUUUAUGAUAUUAUCAGCGAGGAUACUGGCCGCCUUCACCAUGAUGUGGACCGUGGUCACGGUGCUGAUCGCCUUCUUCAUCUGCAUCCCUCUCUCGGACAACUGGCUGCUCGAUCUCAGGAACCGGCACUGCGGGAAUCAGCCAGCGGCAGAUGGCACGAUGGGGGUCUUGAACAUAAUUACCGACAUCAUCAUCCUCGUUAUGCCGAUUUCUCACUUGUGGGGUCUGCGAUUAGAGAUGUACAAGAAGGUAGCCCUCAUCAUCGCCUUCUCGCUAGGGGUCUUCACUUGCAUUGUGUCGGCUCUACGCCUGUACUACCUGGCCAACCUCGUCUAUCUCGACGUGACGUUCAACAUUCCCAGCGCCCUCAUCUUCAGUGCGCUAGAGCCUGGCGUCGGCAUUACCCUCGCGUGCAUCCCCUUCCUCCGGCCUCUGCUGGGCCGUUCCCAGUACUCGCCAAAGGGUACCGCCAACUACUACAGCUCGAAUGGCAAAUCCAACGGCAUCUCAAAUAGGAGGAGCGGCCGCCAAAGCGACGGGUUCGUACUUGUAGAACACCUGUCCGAAUCUCAGCAACAACUACAGGGUUACGAGCAGAGGGAUGCGGCUCCCACGAUGCCCGGCAAGGUCACGUAUAGUAGAGGGAGCAGCAGCGUUCGAGAUGUAGAGUAG